CCGCCGCCGCUUGUGCUUCCGUCGCCGCUGCCGCCGGCCUCUACGUGUUCGGCGGGGGAGGAGUCGGAGGCGGAGAAGAAGGCGGUGGUGGCGGGUGGAGGAUCGAGCGCUGUUCUCGCGCCGGAGCCGCUGCACAGUUCGGAAUCUUCUGCAGCUUAUCCAUUGUGUGAAUAAAAGUUAAUCAUAUCCGUAAUUCCACUGAACUGGGCACACAGAAACUGCCAUAUAUGUCACAGUAUACUGAAAAAGAGCCAGCAGCAAUGGAUCAAGAAUCCAGCAAAGCUGCCUGGCCCAAACCAGCAGGGGGAUAUCAGACAAUCACAGGGAGAAGAUACGGAAGAAGACAUGCGUAUGUCAGUUUUAAACCAUGUAUGACCAGGCAUGAACGAAGUUUAGGUCGGGCUGGUGAUGACUAUGAAGUGUUGGAACUAGAUGAUGUGCCAAAGGAAAAUUCCUCAGGUUCCGGUCCAUUGGAUCCAGUUCAUUCUCCUUUACCCAACGAGCCUUUAUUUGAAAAAAGUGAAACGGAAAUUUCCACUUGUGAUACAGCACUGAAUCAAACCGUUGAGAGCAGUCCAUCCUUUGCUGCAGUACCUCAUAGUGAGGAAGGCAGGGAGGCCUUAGGAAGCAGUCCGAAUCCUCAUAAUCACUCUGAGGGAGAAUAUACUCCAGGAGCUGUUAAUGCUUCAGGUGUCCAAAAUGGAAUUGCAUUGGUUCCUACUGACUGUUCUGAUCCAAGUGGCAGACAUGGAGAGGAUAAUGAUCGUCUUCAACUUCCUGCACAAGUUGUGGAAGGCGAUAGAUACCAGGAACCAUUGGGCAGUACAGUAUUUGAGUUGGAAAAUGGAGAGGUAGCGGCAUACACUGGUCUUUCACCACCAGUUCCCUCUUUUAACUGUGAAAUAAGAGAUGAGUUUGAAGAGUUAGAUUCAGCAUCGUUAGGGAAAGAUUCUACUGGUGAUACUGAGUUUGUCAAUCAGAACAAUCAGGAAUUUCAAAGGUCCUCUUCUGAAGAUGAAGUUAUAGAGAAACAACAAAACAAUACUAGCCAGGAGGGACAGACAGAAAAUUCAGCUGAAGAUUCAGCCUGUGCUCCAGGACAUAUUUGUAGUGAACCAAACACCAGAGAUAGGGACAGGAACCAGGAAAGUUCUCCUGAACAGGUGGUAAGGCCCAAAGUUAGAAAACUGGUAAGUUCAAUCCAGGUGGACCAAGAAACAGGUUCUAAUAGGCAUGAGGCUAAACAAAGAAGUGUUCAGAGGUGGAGGGAGGCUUUGGAAGUUGAGGAAAACAGCUCAAAUGACCUCUUAAUAAAAUGUGAUGACUACGAUGGAGAGCAUGACUGUAUGUUCUUGGAUCCACCUUACUCAAGAGUUACACAGAGGGAAACAGAAAAUAACCAAAUAACACCAGAAAAUGGAGCCACAGCAGGAAGGCCAGAAGUUGUGGAUAAUACCUUUUGGAAUGGUUGUGGAGAUUAUUACCAACUGUAUGACAAAGAUGAAGAUAGUUCAGAAUGCAGUGAUGGAGAAUGGUCUGCUUCAUUGCCUCAUCGGUUUUCUGGUACAGAAAAAGAUCAGUCCUCAAGUGAUGAAAGCUGGGAAACUCUGCCAGGAAAAGAUGAGAAUGAACCUGAACUACAGAGUGAUAGCAGUGGUCCUGAAGAAGAAAACCAAGAAUUAUCUCUUCAAGAAGGGGACCAGACGUCCUUGGAAGAGGGAGAAAUUCCUUGGUUACAGUACAAUGAAGUCAAUGAAAGCAGCAGUGAUGAGGGAAAUGAGCCUGCCAAUGAGUUUGCACAGCCAGAGGCUUUCAUGUUGGAUGGUAACAAUAAUCUUGAGGAUGACUCCAGUGUGAGUGAAGACUUAGAUGUGGACUGGAGCCUGUUUGAUGGUUUUGCUGAUGGACUGGGAGUUGCUGAAGCUAUUUCUUAUGUGGAUCCGCAGUUCCUCACCUACAUGGCAUUAGAAGAACGCUUAGCCCAGGCAAUGGAGACUGCCCUGGCACAUUUAGAGUCUCUUGCAGUGGAUGUCGAGGUGGCCAAUCCACCAGCCAGUAAGGAAAGUAUUGAUGGUCUUCCAGAGACCCUUGUGCUUGAAGAUCACACUGCUAUUGGUCAGGAGCAAUGCUGUCCAAUCUGUUGCAGUGAGUAUAUUAAGGAUGAUAUAGCGACAGAGUUACCCUGCCACCAUUUCUUUCACAAACCUUGUGUCUCAAUUUGGCUACAGAAGUCAGGGACAUGCCCUGUGUGCCGCCGUCAUUUCCCACCUGCAGUGAUUGACGCGUCUCCAGCUGCCGCCUCCGAGCCUGAACGCAAUGCCCCACCUGCCAGCGACAGCACUGCAGAAGCCCCCUAAACCUCAGCACUUGAAUGAGAUCAGUCUGUCCAAGUAAAUCUGCAAAUUCCUUCUAAAUCUGAGUGCAAAUAAUUAUAUAUACAUAUAUUAAAAAUGCUAUAUAGAGUCUAUGCCAUUGUUUAGAAAGAGAAUAUUAACCUUUCUAAACUAAACUUAGGUUUGCAGAAACUACUAAACAUUUUCAAGCUGAAUGUUGAAGCAGUGCAUCCAUUUUCUUUAGUUGAAUAUGUUGAUAUUAACUGUAAAGUCAAGCUUACCAACUAACUCUACAGAGGAAAUGAUCAUCUAUGGUGGCACACUUUACUAGUUUUGUCUGAAGUACUGCCACUAAGUGAUUAUGAUUAGACCAUCCUAUUUGCAUCAUAUGUGAAGACUGUGACCACAAUAGUGGUAAAGUUUGGUUUUAUUGGAAAUAAAAAUAAUUCUAAAGCAUGCUUUUUCAUUGAUUGAUCCCUUUGCUACAUCAGAACCUGUUGGUUCAUAAUAACUGAAUUUUUUUUUUUUUUAGAAAGGUGUCUAUUCCUUCAUCUUUAUUUAAAGUUAGGACUUUUUAGAAUACCAGACAAAGGCUAAAAUUUUUUGCUAGAACAUCACAAAAUUUUUAAAUCUAAACUUAAUCCCCUUGAAAUAGGUAAUAAAAUAAAUUAUUAUUUUUAAUGGUGUAUGUACUUUAAGUUAGUAAGGCAUUUGGAUGCUUUACUAUGGCUGGUGCUUAAGGUAAGGUUGGUAAAGAAUAUGAACAGUCUAGUGCUCAGAGUUUGGUACAAAGAGAUGAAGUAGAUGGCCUUAUGAAAUCCUUUCUAUUGGUCAAGAUUAUACGUGAAGAUCCAGAAAACUCAUGGCACAUUUGUUUAAUAUAUAUUGGAAAUAGGUAGUUUAAGGUAAUUUUGGUUCUAAAAUAUUUUGGAAAGUCUGAAAAAAUGCAUAAAUUAUUUAAAUGCUCAUUCUGUUGUAUCCCAAAGGAAAAUCUGAUCCUUAAAAAUACUAGAAGUUUAAUUGUACUAAUUUAUAUAAAGCAUAAAAUUGAUGAGGGCAUAGGACAGAUUUGGCCAUAUUUUUUAAAACAUAUCUAAACCUUACUAUGCCAUGUUUAUUCCUUUAAAGUAUUCCUGAACAAGUAUUGUUCAUACUACAUUUUCAGUAAUUUGUUUCUUUACACUAAUUUAUUGUGGUAAAAUUAUUCAGCUGGAACUAAAAUAGGAACAGGUAGUUUCAAAUUAAGCCAUGGUAAGAAGGGAGUAAGUAGAUUGUAUGAUUGCCUACGGACUGUGUGACUAGAACUGAACAUGUAACACAGUUCCUUUCUUAUUUUCCUUUCUCAAAGAGAAAAAGAGAAAAAGAGAUCCUGACCUUGGAUUUACCCUGUAAAAGUUCUCUCCACAAGCUUCUACAUAAGUGAGAAAAAUCAGCUUUCUUUAAUCUUUAUAGGAAAUUUGACCCCUGGGUCAUCUCUGUAAUUACAUAACCCCAAACUAAAAUUGUACAGCUUUCCAUUUAGGUAAUCAUACCCAGUAGGCAAGUAUGCUCAAACAUGGGCAUAAUAAUUUAAUUUACCGAUGUGAUUUGAUAUCAACACCAGAGAAUGAUGGGUAUUAGAAUACCACAUAUGAGCAAGUUAAAUAGUAAAACACAUAGUAAAUGUACAUACAUCCAAGUAGUACAUUGAUAAUUUAGUUUGGACACAUAAAAGGAAUAUUUAUAUGGCUUCCCAAAUAUAAAACUACAUUUUAUUUGUGUAAUUUCUCAGUGUUUAUAUUCCAUCUCUUUUCUUCAUUAAGAAUAAGUGAAUUUUCACUGUUGGCACAUUUGAGGCUUUAAUAUAAGCAACAUAACACUUGCAUUCUAGUUUUUGCAUAUAUUGUAAAUGUGUCUGGUAUUUACAGCAAAAUACUGUGUAUCAUUUUAUGGGUAAAACAAAACUAAACAUUGCAUGCAUGUAAUGUGGUGACUUUGUAAUUUACAGGAUCUUUGGGGCUUCUGUGACUUUGGAAAUGCUUACAAUCAGGCCUUAAUGUUGCAUUAGCUGGCAUGUUUUCCUUCUGAUGUAUAUAGUCACUGUUCUAUAAACUAAUUUGCUUGUUUUCUACACUGUGAUCUUUCCAUACUAUAUUUCAUUGAUGAUCAGUUAGAGUCAAGGAGUCAAAUCAGAUUAAAAUUUUCAUGUGUAUAUUGUGAAAUUUGUGGCUAGUGUGAUAUUUUUGUUUUUGUUUCUGGAAAUUUGUGACUAUUGUGAUUUUGUUGUUGUUUGUUUCCUUUAAAUAAUAUUGAUCAGUUGUGACACUUAGUGGUUAAACUGAUAUUGCUACAGAUUUCUCUGUAGUAAGCCACAUUAUAUUUAGGCAGGAUUAAGGGACCUUGGUUUUCUUCUAGAUAGCAGCUGUCCCAAAGAAAAUAUUCUUUUUUGCCUGUUAAGAUUUAACUAUUAUCUGCCAGUUGUUAAGAGGUUUUGGUUCCAAACUCAACGAGCAGUGUUGAGAGCUGAAGUUAAGAUAGCUGUUGUACUUUUUGCUUUCCAUCUGUUUCUGUCCUUCAUUCUUGGCUCCCUAUUAUCUAUAAACAGCUGCUAUGAAGGAGAAAAAGUUGAAUAAGAAUUGGCUAAAACAUUUUUUUUUAAAGAAGAUUGAUAUUUUAAGAUUUUCAUUUUAACAAGCUGGUAGAAGCUGAGGCUGACAAGUUCAGAUACCAAAAUAUUGUUUGAAUCUUUGAAAUAUUGUUUGGAUCCUUUUGAAGAAGGUAUUAGUAAUAAGAAUAAAUAUUGAUGAAAAUACUGUUUCUCUUAUUUCUCUGUGUUAAGUGAUUUGACCUAAUAAUUUUAUUUUUUUUAAACAUUUUCUUCUUUCAUGUAAUAUGAAUGCCAAUAUUUAAAGGUAGAUCUAUGUGGUUUCUUUUGUGUUUCCUGUUUAUCGCUAAGCUAUUAACUCUCAAGGUUAUUUGUGAUUUGGAUUUACAUAUAAGCUGUUAAACAUAUAUGAACUGUUAAAUGGAAUGGAAGUUUUCAAAAGCCCAGGUCUAAAUAUAAUGAUUGGUUUAUUGUUCUACAAGCCCAGUCCAUCUUUUUCCGUGUAAAUCAUAAACAAUAAACAGGAUAUACUCAGUGGUCAUUUCUAAUA